AAUUUUAUGACUACUGUUCUGCAUGCCAAAGGUUCAUUUAUUCCAUUCUUUUGAAAAAUUUCCUGAGAUGAAAGCUUCUCAAACUAAAUGAUAUGCUCAAUAAUAAAUCCUAAAACAAAAAAAUAAUUAUUCCCAAUUAUCUAUUCAAUAAAAUUUUGAAAAACAAAGGAAACUAUAAAUACUCCAGAUUAACAUAAUGAUGAAAGGAUCACAAAUUACAAAUCACAGAAAAUUUCCCGUCGAUGGAUGUCUACCUGAUAUUGAUUAUUCUGCUAUGAGAAUGAAAAAUUUAGAUGAUCAAGACUUAGACAGAGUCUUAAUGGAGUAUGAGUGUGUUCAAGUGCAACGUGGUGAUACAAAUUCAAGUUCAGAAUUCAAUAUAACGCUUACAUCAAGUAAUGAGAAAAUUGUGGGCAAGGACAAAUACGAAGAGGUUUUCAUUGAAACAGUGAAUGAUGAAUACGGAGUUAAGUCUGGUGAUCAAGUUGUACAAAUUGAUGGUGUAUCAGUUAGAAAUUUAAAACAAGCUAAACAAUUGCUUGAACGUUGUGGUAACUCUGUCAGUCUUUUGCUGCUUAGACCAAUCAGAAUUUCCAAUCUAGGUUGUGAAAAUGCUUCCUGUAAUGGGUCAACCGAUAAAAAUGAUACAAGUAGUCAAUUUAUUCAACCACCUCGAUUAUUUCCCCAUAUGGUGUAUACAACACCAGACCGGUUAACACAAACCAUAUGGCUGCAGCAAAAUAUAUUCCGAGAGAAAUUAAACGUUUUGUCAAAAAUUAACGGUGUUAUUAAAGACGAUACUAAUGUCGCAGGGGUAAACCCAAUUUCAAAUAUCAAUACAAAAAAAGAUACCCAAACAAAUGAAACUGAAAAUCGAUAUGAAACACGUUUGCCACGAUAUUCUAAUUCAGAAACAGACAAGAAUAAUCUUACUUCUUGGACAAUUCGACGAAGUGCGGAUGGAACUCGUUAUAUAACAAAGAAAUAUAAAAGAUCAUCAGAACUGCCAACAUGUAGAACAACUCGAAUGAAUGACAAUAACCGGUACCAAAGUGACAAAAGCCUGUCCAUUAGUCAUACGAACUCAUCAAGCUCAGAUAUAUCUGAAUACCAUCCAGCUUCCAAGCCACAUUCUAAAUCUAUAUCACAUUUGGAAAACAAAAGCAGCCACAUACUACAGUGGAGUCAUACAGACAAUAAUCCCAGUGAGAACCAACUAAGAACCAAAAGAAAAGAAUCCAUAAAAUAUCCAGAGUAUAAGCUACAGAAAACAGGCAUUCUAAAGAACACUACCGACAAUUUGUAUACACAGUCAAAUAUACCGACAUCGAUAUUAAUGAAACCGCCUAUUCUAUUCCGACGAAGUCAUUCUGCCAAUGUAUCCCGUAAUACAAGUGUACAUUUUGAUCUUGACAAGAAGCAUACAUCAUUCUUAGGAAAUCAAUCACAAUAUCAUAAACAAAAUCACAAAUUGAAGUCUUCUUCAAAUUAUAAAUCAGUUUCCGUUGUAACUAUGUAA